GCAUUUCAUUCAUAACAGAGAUGAGAAACUUCUAGCGUGUAGUGUCUGCGGCGCGAUAAUUAGGAAUAAAUCUUUCAUCGACUCAUUGGACAACAAUUGCUAUUUAUCCGACAAAAUAGUAAGUUUGUUAAGAAACUUGCCGCGCGCCACUCAGGAAUACAUCUUUCAGUGACUCACUGGCCAACAAUUGCUAUUUGUCCGACAAAAUAAUUCGCACAUCAAGUGAAAUGUCGCACUGUGGAGGUCGCAGACUGAAGCAGUGGCUGAUGGAGCAGAUCCAGAGUGGACAGUACUCUGGGCUGCAGUGGGAGGAUGAGAACCGCACCAUGUUCCGAAUCCCAUGGAAACACGCUGGAAAACAGGAUUACAACCAAGAAGUAGACGCCUCCAUUUUUAAGGCCUGGGCUGUUUUUAAAGGAAAGUUUAAGGAAGGGGAUAAAGCUGAACCAGCAACAUGGAAGACCAGACUUCGCUGUGCGCUCAACAAAAGCCCAGACUUUGAGGAGGUGACUGAGAGAUCUCAGUUGGACAUCUCUGAGCCUUAUAAAGUUUAUCGUAUUGUUCCAGAUGAGGAACAAAAAACUGGUAAAAGCCCACUGAUUCCCAUUCCUACCACCACCUCUGGUGAUAUGACAGACAUAGACUGCAGUCCUGGCGCAAUGGAUGAUUUCAUCAAAGAAGAAGAUGCUUGUAACAUCCAGUCCAGUCCAGAGUAUUGGUCUCAGAGCACCAUUAACUCUUAUCCUCUCCAUCAAGAUCCUCUGCCGUCAGGGACUGUGGUCUCAGCUUUUGCUCAGAUGAUGAUCUGUUUCUACUACAGUGGAAAGUUGACUCAUAGCACUGUGGUCAGUCAUCCUGAAGGCUGUCGGAUCUCUCCUGGACAGCAGCAUGUGAGCCGAGGCACCCUGUACAGUUCUGACUCAAUGCAAAGUGUUCAUUUCCCCCCUGCUGAGCUCAUAGAGCAUGAGCGCCAGCGCUAUAUUACACAGAAGCUGCUGAGCCACUUAGAGAGAGGGGUGUUGGUGAGGGCCAACCAGGAGGGCAUCUUCAUCAAGAGGCUGUGCCAGAGCCGAGUGUUCUGGAGUAGCCUGGGAGAGGCUUACACCGCUGUGCCCCGUAAACUCCAACGAGACGCAGUGGUCAAGAUCUUUGACACAGGAAGAUUCUUGCAGGCUCUGCAGAUGUAUCAGGAGGGACAGUUUCCUGCCCCAGAACCCACAGUCACUUUGUGUUUUGGAGAAGAGCUCCAGGAUCUUAAUAAUGCCAAGAACAAACUUAUCAUAGUGCAGAUUACAAUGGUAAAUUGCCAGCAGUGGAUUGAAGCAGUGAACAUGCGUCGAAUGCAGUGUUAUGGCACUAGUACAAACAUGGAAAUGUCCGAGGACGUCACCUCUGAGCAGGUGGCUCACAUCUACCAGGACCUGUGCAGCUAUGGUGGCCCUCAGAGGACAUCCUGCUAUAGGGACAACAUGACCAUCACCGCCUAAACUGGUAGUGCUAGAGUUGGACACAACACUGACUGUUAUUCGCCAUCUUAUAACCAACACUGGGAGUGAUAGAACCUGUUAACACAGAAUGGUGUACUGUCAUCUAGACUCAGUCAUUUUAAUGAACCAACAUCUUGAGAUACAUGUCCAAAUGUAUGAAUAAUUAUGUUCUUACACCUUUGAUAGUGUUACUGCAUCUGAACUGUGAGGUGGAACAGGUAUUUAGUUCUCAUGGAUCAAUUCUGUUUGAUAAGCAUAAUGUUGUAGCUGUUGUUUGUGCAGCAUGGCCGCCCGCUUGAAUCCAAAGCAGAUUUAGGUUGUUAUGUUAACUUUGUUUUUGUUAACGUUCACAUACAAAAUGAUCAAAUUCCUGAAAUCAAAUCUAAUGUGGCAUUAAAUUAGGAUAGGUUUUACUAUCUGGUUGUUUUUAUUGCUAAUUUUUAUACAGUACUUUUGUAAUAAAAGUUUGAGAAAAUA